GCAGCUUUCUGGCUUUACAGGAGUUAGCAUUGAGGGAACAGCGAGUGCUUGGAGAGUUAGUGACAAUAGCACCUAGGAUUCUAAUCCCUCACUGUGCCAGGCACUGUGCUGAGCCACUUAUCUACUUCAUGUGAUUCUCACAACGACCUAAUGGGGUUGAAUUGACCAAAGCAAUGGUUAUGGAGAAGCCUAGUCCCCUGCUGGUCGGGCGGGAGUUUGUGAGACAGUAUUACACACUGCUGAACCAGGCCCCAGACAUGCUACAUAGAUUUUAUGGAAAGAACUCUUCCUAUGUUCAUGGGGGAUUGGAUUCAAAUGGAAAGCCAGCAGAUGCAGUCUAUGGACAGAAAGAAAUUCACAGGAAGGUGAUGUCACAAAACUUCACCAACUGCCACACUAAGAUUCGCCAUGUUGAUGCUCAUGCUACUCUAAAUGAUGGUGUGGUGGUCCAGGUGAUGGGUCUUUUAUCAAACAACAACCAGGCUUUGCGGAGAUUCAUGCAAACAUUUGUCCUUGCCCCGGAGGGCUCUGUUGCAAAUAAAUUCUAUGUUCAUAAUGAUAUCUUCAGAUACCAAGAUGAGGUCUUUGGUGGCUUUGUCACUGAGCCUCAGGAGGAAUCUGAGGAAGAAGUAGAGGAGCCUGAAGAAAGACAGCAAACACCUGAGGUGGUACCUGAUGAUUCUGGAACUUUCUAUGAUCAGACUGUCAGCAAUGACUUGGAAGAACAUUUAGAGGAGCCUGUUGCUGAACCAGAGCCUGAUCCUGAACCAGAACCAGAGCAAGAACCCGCAUCUGAAAUCCAAGAGGAAAAGUCUGAGCCGGUAUUAGAAGAACCUGCUCCUGAGGAUGCUCAGAAGAGUUCUUCUCCAGCACCUACAGAUAUAGCUCAAACAGUACAGGAAGACUUGAGGACAUUUUCUUGGGCAUCUGUGACCAGUAAGAACCUUCCUCCCAGUGGAGCUGUUCCUGUUACUGGAAUACCACCUCACGUAGUUAAAGUACCAGCUUCACAGCCCCGUCCAGAGUCUAAGCCUGAAUCUCAGAUUCCACCACAGAGGCCUCAGAGGGAUCAACGAGUACGAGAGCAACGAAUAAAUAUUCCUCCUCAGAGGGGACCCAGACCAAUCCGUGAGGCUGGUGAGCAAGGUGAUAUUGAGCCCCGAAGAAUUGUGAGACAUCCUGAUAGUCACCAACUCUUCAUUGGCAACCUGCCUCAUGAAGUGGACAAAUCAGAACUUAAAGAUUUCUUUCAAAAUUAUGGGAAUGUGGUGGAGCUGCGCAUAAACAGUGGUGGAAAAUUACCCAAUUUUGGUUUUGUUGUAUUCGAUGAUUCUGAGCCUGUUCAGAAAGUUCUUAGUAACAGACCAAUCAUGUUCAGAGGUGAAGUCCGACUGAAUGUGGAAGAGAAGAAGACUCGAGCUGCUCGGGAAGGGGACCGUCGAGAUAACCGCCUGCGGGGACCUGGAGGCCCUCGAGGUGGGCUGGGCGGUGGAAUGAGAGGCCCUCCCCGUGGAGGCAUGGUGCAGAAACCAGGAUUUGGAGUGGGAAGGGGGAUUGCUCCACGGCAGUGAAUUGCUCUUCACUGGUCUUCAUGAAGCAUAAAAACCCCAGCUUCUGCAGAAUGGUGAAUUUCUUCAACCAGCCUUUGUUAUCUUGGAGUAUGAUGAUCCUAGUCUUAUAAACUGCUUAAGUUUGUACAAUUUUACUUCUUUUUGUGUUAAUGGUGUGUGCUCCUUCCCUUUUCCCUUCUCCUGGCCUUUUAGUCCUUCACUUCCAGUUUUGUGGAACGCUAUUUUAGGAGUAACGAAUUUUUAAAGAAGAAAAAACGAAAAGACUGAAUUUCCUUGCUUACUUUGCAUAUACAGACUGGAAUUUUUUUUUUUUUUAAACAGCCAUUUCCCCAAAGGAAUGUGUCUUGCUUAUUACUGACAUUUGGUAUGUUUCAUUCAUUGGAAUAUUUCUUACUUAUUUUCUACAUGUUUCAAAACCUGUGAGGAAUGCAGGAUUUGAUAAGCAUUUUGGAGGCAGGAAAAAUCCAAAUUGUUUAUUCUUUGAGAGUUACGACUACCUUCUGAUGUGGAAAAAUUGCCAUUGGAAAAUUUGACAUUUGAUUCUCCCUGAUGUGGUUAAAAACUGAAUAAAAGGUGUUAAUAGAACUUUUUUCUUUUGAUAUGUGAUCACAAAAUAAUUCUAAAACCUACUGUUUUUACCAUUGAAAUUUAAAUUGUGAGAUAGGUUUUAAAUGUCUAGAAUGCAAUUAAUAGGCUUUUCUUGAACUGUUAGAUUCUUUUGAAGUAGAGUUUUUUCAUGUUUCAUUUGUAUUUGUUUAAAAAAAAAAAAGAAGAAAAAUCCCCCCAACCAAAUAACAACCAGAGCAAAAACUGU